UCCUGUCACUGAUGGAGAUAAUGGGCUUGUUCCGACAUUGCAGCCGACAGUGCAGGCGACUGCCGACCAACUGAUCAACAAAGAACCUUGCAUCAUAAAUAACCACUCAUUAUUAUUUGUAGAUCAGUCAGUCACAAUUUACCCAUGAUACAUUACGGUUUUGAUCCUCUCGAACACGGCCAUUAAGUGUGUGUGUGAGCGGAGCAGAGAGGCAGUAACGAGGCAGAUCACGCUCGCUCUCAGACGGUAACAGCAACCGAAGGAAGGAGAAUCGUUAUACCGGGAAGAGUGUACCUGCUGAUAACCAGCCUCCUCGCGGACAUACCGAGCCACACGCCACCUCCACGACCAGCCGACUAACCAUGGACCAUAGUUUUUUACCUCGUUCCCUCUGGACCAGUGAGGGUAAAUUCCUCCAGCAUCACGCGACAGACCUCUAUACCAGCGUGCACGUCACUCGCAACAUCCCUGCUGGGGCACAGUUCGGCCCGUGCGUCCUUCAGAAUACUUUCUAUGACACCAUUGCCUUCAUAGCGCUCAAAUCCUGCGACAAGAGAAGCAAAUCAUACGUGUUCAGGGUGGACCCCGAGGCUAUGCGCAGCUCUGCUCUAGUGCUGUCCUGGCUGCGGCUGGUGCAGGCGGCGUGUGGCCGGGAGGAGCAGAACACCGAAGCGUUCCUGAAGGGAGGCCAGCUGUAUUUCCGGACCACCAGGGACAUACGUCAGGAAGAGGAACUGUUGGUGUGGUAUGACCAGGAGCUGUCACAUCUACUGGGCUUCACUGACAUCUCAACUAGAGGACAUAAUGAAGAGCUCAAAUGCGCAACAUGUAACCAGGUCUUCAAGAAUGAGCAUCCCUACUUGGCCCACUGCCGCUUCCUGUGCGCGCAGGUGAAGUAUGACGCGCUGAGCAGAGAGGCCUACGAACACAAACACAUGGAGAUAAAGCGGCAACGACGCGUCACAGACUUCCACAACAUCGCCAGGGAUCUGGAACAUAAAAGAUACGGCGCCAGCGAGGACGCUGAGAUUUCCCCGCGGAAAUGGAAACACGAGGAGACGGGUUAUCCCCGAUGGAGGAAACCGGUGCUACUGGAGAAAACCAACAUCUCGAACAACAACAACAUCACACAGAUAAGCAGAGACUACCGCCUAACUGCGCCAGAGUCAACUGGCUCUUCCUUGAAACUGAAGGCAGAGAAGUACCAGCUCAAUAAGGACCACGUGGAAUGUAAAAAUAGUGCGUUUACAGAGGUUGGAGCAACGAAAAUGAGUUUUACGCACGAGAAAGAAAAGCCAACGGAGGCUGAUUCUGAGACAGUGCGGGAGAUGAGCUCUGAUUUAAACUCAAACAGCAACAGCAGUGCCUUUUCAUUCGUUCUGCGCAGUGGACAGGAGGAGCAGAAAAGCGCUUUCUGUAAACCCUGUAAAAGGACGUCUAACGGCUCUACAGCGCACCCAUCCAACACAUUACCUGCUCCAUCGACCCGCCUAGAGGACGUGAGAGACGUUUUUACCUCAAAGACUGUUCUGGGAUACAACAAUCUGUUGGCAUCUAAUAUGAAUGGUGAUUUAUCUCGCGCACAGACCCUACCCACACCGGUUACUGGAAACGCUUUCCCCUACGCGCCAGAGCACUGGUCCAGGAGCAUUGGAGACCAACUACAAACCACGUCGUCUUUAACCAUUCUUCCACCAACGUUUACCACCAUUGGGGUGUCAGUGCAAAACUGGUGCGCCAAGUGUAACCUCUCCUUCCGCAUGACGUCUGACCUAGUGUUACACAUGCGCUCGCACCACAAGAAGGAGUUCGCGGCGGAGUCCCAGGUGAGGAGGAGGCGAGAGGAGAAACUCACCUGCCCUAUCUGUCACGAGUUCUUCCGGGAACGGCACCACCUUUCACGCCAUAUGACGUCGCACAAUUAAAACCAAUUGGACAUAAGAAAAGCCAUAAGAAAACGGAUAUUUAAAGAAAACGACAUCGGACAUACUGUAUGUAAUUACAAGAGUAGACCAGAGUAAUUUAGAGUAAUUAAACAUUUAAUGACAAUUUGAAGUCACUAACAUCUGAAUGUAGGACCAUCCACUUGUGAUUAUCGAUCAUUACGCAUUAGGGCGCAUUUGGGCAAGUACAGUGCCUUGCAAAAGUAUUCAUCCCCCUUGGCGUUUUUCCUAUUUUGUUGCAUUACAACCUGUAAUUU